AGACAUUAGUUGCAACUUUGCUAAGAUUUCUUUUGUCGUUCUGCUGCACUGUACAGGACCAGCCACCUAGAGCACCCACCUAAGCUUACAGAUUGUUGCACACUACUCCAUGGACAAGAUGUCAUCAGCAGGUUUGAACACUGGGAAGAAAAAUGUAUACACAGCAAUCAAAGCAGAUCCUGCUGAGGAUUACCAUACCCCAGGUGCAUUUGAAUUGGAGAAACUCUUCUGGAAAGGAUGCCCGAAGUACACUCAUGUCAAUGAAGUCUGGCCCAACCUCUACAUUGGAGAUGAGAAAACUGCAUUAGACCGCUACAGCCUUGAGAAGGCAGGCUUCACCCACAUCCUCAAUGCAGCCCAUGGCCAGCGGAAUGUGAACACAGGACCAGAAUAUUAUCAUGACAUGACUGUGGAGUACCAUGGAGUGGAAGCAGAUGAUCUCCCCACUUUCAAUCUCAGCCAGUUCUUUUAUUCAGCUUCUAAAUUCAUUGAUAAUGCACUUCAGGAUGAAAGAAACAAGGUCCUGGUUCACUGUGCUAUGGGUCGCAGCCGGUCAGCCACAUUGGUCUUGGCUUACCUGAUGAUUUACAAGAACAUGACAGUGGUUGAUGCCAUCGAGCAAGUAUCAAGACACCGAUGCAUCUUGCCAAACCGGGGCUUCUUGAAGCAGCUGCGAGAACUGGACAUAGCGCUGGCACUACAGAGGAUGAAGACCAAAACCAGCCCACUGUCUGAUGAUGAUGAGAACAGCACCACGAUCUAGUAUUGUUCCUGGCAGGGUUCUGCUACUGGAAAAGAAACUCCAUAAAGGAAGAGGAAGGUGUAGUUAAUUACAUAGUCACAUGGAUAAUUUGUUGUUUGGAAGGUAAAAAACCAAAGUAAUUUCAAAUGCCGUCAAGAUAAGAAAGAAGAGAUGCUAAAUUUAAAGCCCAUCUUGUUAGAACAUUCCAGUCUUAGCAGAAUUCUUUGUGACAUCAACAAAUAAAGUUUACCCUCUGUAAAAGAGCUCUUACAGAACAAAAGUAGGCCAGAAAACUCUAUUUCAGCUGAGUACCCCCAAAAUUCUGAUCCUAACCCAAGCACAUGGCUUUUAAGAGUGCAGGUAG